UCCUGCGCAAUUCGUAGCCUAGGACGUGACGCCUGCUCCUUUAACGAUGGAGGAGAAUAAAAGCCGCUGUGCACAUUGAGCGCGAUGAUGGCUUGCCUUCCCGGUGCAAACAGCCGCACCCGUUUUCAAGGGAGUCAGGACCGAGGCCUCUCCAAACACGUGGGCACCAGCAAUUUCAACAGGGGUUGACAUCGAUGUAAAUACAGACGGCUCCCUAUCGGCGAUGCGGCAGCUCCGGCUGGUGUUUACAAAGCGGAGCGGACCCCUCCAACACACAAUCCCGCCCCAUUCAUCCGCCCCGACUCUCGCUUAGCCGCUCUCGGGGCGGGACGGGCAGCCCAGGCGAGCGAGUGAGCGAGCGAGCGAAGCGGCCUUCGCCGAAGCUCGGCUUCCUUUGCCGCUUCCUGCUCCUCCUCCUCCUCGGCUUCUGCUGCCGCAGCUCCAGACUGCAACCUGCGAGGGCGAAGCCCGUCGCCCAGCGUGCAGAUAACAGAUGCGGGUAAAAGAUCCAUCAAGGGCUAUCCCUGUCAAAACCAAGUCACACACAAAGUCAAGUCAGCAUCAAGAUGAUGAUUCUUCAGAUGAUAUCACAGGUCUGACAUGCCAGCAUGUAAGCCAGGCAGUGGAUGUGCAUAAUGUGAAGAGAGCAGUAGCUCAAAAUGUCUGGUCAAUAUGUUCAGAGUGCUUAAAAGAAAGAAGAAUAUGUGACGGUGAGCCAGUAAUGCCUUCUGACAUAUGGCUGUGCCUCAAAUGUGGUACUCAGGGCUGCAGUCAAAACUCAGAAGGCCAGCAUUCACUUAAGCAUUUCCAGAAUGCACUAGGAGAGCCUCAUUGCAUUGUAAUCAACCUCAGCACAUGGAUCGUAUGGUGUUAUGAAUGUAAUGAAGAGCUAUCAACACACUGUAACAAGAAGGCUUUGGCACAGAUAGUUGACUUCCUCCAAAGACAUGUUACUAGAAAUGAAUCAAGUUCAUCAUCAAAAAUAAUAUGGUUACAUGAAGAAAACAAUGAAGCAAGUGACAUAUUAAAGGGCAAAGGCAUCAGCUCUAGUUGGGCAUCAGUUCCAGUUAAAGGCAUUAAUAACCUAGGGAACACCUGCUUCUUUAAUGCUGUCAUGCAGAACAUGACACAGACACACUUGUUAAAUGAACUAAUGUGUGAAGUUAAAGAAAAGGGGACAAAGCUUAAAAUUGGUCAGAGUCCUGCAUCUCAACUGGAACCUUUGGUAGUGAACCUCUCAAGUCCUGGGCCACUGACUUCAGCGAUGUUCCUGUUCCUUCACAGCAUGAAAGAAACUGGAAAAGGGCCUCUUUCUCCCAAAGUUCUUUUCAGCCAGCUCUGUCUAAAGGCUCCUCGCUUUAAGGGGUUUCAACAGCAGGACAGCCAAGAAGUUCUCCACUAUUUGCUGGAUGCAAUGAGAAUAGAAGAGACAAAGCGCAUACAAGCUGCAAUCUUAAAAGCAUUCAAUAAUCCAACCACUAAAACUGCAGACGAAGAGACAAAAAGGAAAGUCAAAGCAUAUGGAAGAGAGGGUGUGAAGAUGAACUUCAUAGAUAGGAUCUUUGUUGGUGAAUUGACUAGCACUAUCAUGUGUGAGGAAUGUGAAAAUAUUUCCACAGUAAAGGAACCUUUCAUUGAUCUUUCACUUCCUAUAAUAGAAGAGAGGAUCUCAAAACCUGUUCCUUUUGGGAGGACAAGCAGAGGUAAACAUAUCCAAGAAACAGAUGCUGAGUACAACUGUUCUGUUACUGCUCUGAAUAAUCAACAAUCUAAACUAUCUAGAAAGCAUUUGUUAACAAAAGAUAAGAACCAAGAAAAUCAUGAAAGAAGAUUUGCCAAAAAAUCCUCCUCUGCUGAAGAAGAAACAAGACAUUUUAUCAUGCACAAAAAAGUCCGAAACACUAAAGGUGAAGGAAGAUCUGCUGUUCCAUAUACAGGAGACAGCAGUUCGGUAAUAGAAUCUGCAGCAAAUGGAAGUCAGACUGAAGGCAGUGAAAAAGAAGCAAGUCAUUCUGAAAGUAGCAUUGGUGCAGACAGUGAGGCCUCUGAAAGCGAAAGUCAUUCUAAGCAAACUGCUUCCAACAGAGCUUGUAGCACACCUGGCUUGUGCAUUGAUGAGCAUAAACAUUUAUCUGCAAGCAUUAAAUCACAGUGUAACAAAUCAAGUGAUGGCAGUACAGAGGGACUUACUACUGGCUUAUCAAACCUCUGCUUGGGUAGUGGUGUCAGUGAGACUGAAGGGACUCUCAGUAGAGAUCAGCUGUCAAGUCUGUCCAACAACGUUUCAGCAGAGAACCCCCCAUUACUGCAAAACCCUCAAAAUGCUUUCCAGACUCUUUCUCAAUGUUACAUAACUAGUUCUAAAGAAUGUUCAGUCCAGUCAUGCCUCUACCAGUUUACAUAUGUGGAGCUCUUAAUGGGAAACAACAAACUUUUGUGUGAGAACUGUACGGAACGGAAACAGAAGCACCAGAAGAAAGCAAAUUUCACAGAAAAGAAAAUAGAAGGUAUAUAUACAAAUGCCAGGAAGCAGCUGUUGAUUUCUUCAGUUCCUGCUGUUCUUGUUCUCCAUCUGAAAAGAUUUCAUCAGGCUGGUAUGAGUCUAAGGAAAGUAAACCGUCACGUGGAUUUCCCUCUUGUUUUGGACUUGGCUCCAUUUUGUUCUGCUUCUUGCAAGAAUGUGGCAGAUGGUGGGAAAGUUCUCUACUCUCUUUAUGGAAUAGUGGAGCAUAGUGGGUCCAUGCGAGGAGGUCACUAUGCAGCAUAUGUGAAAGUCAGAGCACCAUCCAAAAAGAUUUUGGAGCACAUUUCUAGCAACAGAAAUGUUCAAGGUUUGAAAGACUCUGUAGGAGCCACUGUAGGACAAUGGGUAUAUGUCAGUGAUACCCAUGUACAAGCAGUUACAGAAUCAAGAGUAUUAAAUUCACAAGCAUACUUGCUUUUCUAUGAAAGAAUACUGUAGCUGUAAUCAAUACUGAAAGUCUAAAUAAGUUAUUUUUCUGUUUUCUUAAAUGCAGUACAUGUAAAUAUUGUGCUUUUAUCUGUUCUCUAAUACAAAAAUUACCAUGAUUUCUUACUUUAAAAACCAUGCCUUGCAUUCUAAGAAGCUGGUGCAUGCACAAAACACCUAGAUACACACAUAAGUAGGGUAUCUUACUAUGCUGAUUGGCAGCUGCCCAUCAAACAGCAGAGGAUGCAGUUUUAGCACCCUGUGUUGGUGCUUUUGGAAGGGGCAUGUGGAGCUGCCACCAGAGUGGAGGAACAGAAAAUCACCUCAUGUGUAAGUGGGAAUAACUUCAUGUUUCUCUGAAUAUAAGUCCACAUGCUCAUUAUCUAAAUCCCCAAAAUGCAUCUGAAACAAUGUACUUGGAAACUGAAUACUGUAGUGAAAUUUCAAUUCCGGAUGAGCAAAAUUUUAAAAAAACAUGAAUUGAGAAAUGAACUGGAGUUCUGCCUGAGUUUUCCUUAAUACAGAAGUAGGGUUGCAGCUCACAUAAGCAGUCUCUUUCUCUACCUUUCUCUUGCAAUAAGGGGAGGCAGAGGACUGUAUAGCAGAGACUAGAGCAAAAUUCUUCCACCUGAUUUUGGUGAUUUCCCCCCUCCCACUGCAAGCUAGUAUAACACAACCCUCACUGUGCAGCCCUCUCCUUUGGAGAAGGCUUUUUCGGGGCAGUACAGGAGGGACUGGGGAAGAGAGAGAGUGUGAUUGCACAGGCUUUCUGUUUGUGCAACCAUUAGAGUUAGUUUGUGCCAUUCACUAAUCAUGUUUGAAUAGCAUAUCUGAAACCUGACGUUCCUUUAAAACAUUGCUGUAGUUUGUUAAGUUGCAAGCUCAACAAUUGAGUUCUACUCUGUUGUGUAUGCUUUAGUUGAGAUUACUGCAUUGCAGGAGGCUGGAGAUGACCCUUGGGGUCCCUUCCAACUUUAAAAUUCUGUGAUUCUGUCAAUUCCUAUAUUCAAAAAAGGCACGUUGCAGUUCUUCUAGAACUGAAUCUCUUCUGAAUGCUUGUUGAGUUCUAUAUGCAGAAAGUUGAGUACAUCAGGGAGUAGAUUAGAACAGAGCCUUUCUACCUUAUGUGCUUCCUUUUCACAUUCAAAGAGUGCUUGAGAUGGGAGUGUAUUCAGAUAUGCACCAUGACUAUAGUCACUACAGUAUGCUACUUUUUCAGAACAUUUGACUUUGCUUAUAGAUAUCCAAAUAUACUUUCUAGUCGUACAUUAUGUUCUCUGCCAUUUAUAUCUGCAAAGCAUCGUAUAGUCAAGCAUGCUGAUUUACUGCACACCCAACAUUUUAGGGUGGUGACUGGAUACCCUAUAAUAAUUAUACAUUUUCUUAGUUUUUGUGAUUUACACAUUACAUAUAUACACUACUGACUGUACUCAAUUUAUUUUCUAUUAAAUAUGGGGGUGGGGGUAUAUUGCUGUCUCUUACAAAGGAUCAGGUCUGCUGUUUAUUACUGUCCUCAAUAAUAUGGAUUUAUGCAUAUUAUUUCUAUUGUACAGAGGACAGUGGGACUAGUUCCGCAUGUGAAAUGCAUAUUUUUAAACUUCUUUUUUUACCUGUGCACCACAUGCUCUACUUUUAGGACUUGGAGAAUUUUAAAGAAAUAUUAUUAUCUCUUUGUGGAUACUCCUUUUCAGCUUCAGGACAAUCCAAGUUUCUCCUGUGCACUGAACCACACAUAUUAGGAUACUCUUUAAAUUGUAGCCAUUGGGUUCCAGCCAGUUAUGUGUCUUAGCCGAUGGUAAGGCUUCCAUCAGUGGAAUGGGGAGGAAAGCAGAGCAUAGUUAAGGGAAGUAAGGGGCUGCGAGAGGGAGGAAGAAUCAUGAGAAAUUGCUUCCCUCCCUUUCCAGUCACAGCAGCUUUGCUUACCAGCAGAGCAACCAUGUUGGAUAUAACCCACUGCCUGCUAAAAACAAGAGAGUCAAUUUAACAAGCUGUAUAAUGGGACAGCAGUGCGUGUGUCAUGCACAUGCGUAUCUAUCUCUGAGUAGUUUCAUGCAGAAUACACCCAGAAUGUCUCCAUACCCACCUCACUAAUUCCAACUUUAAUGAUAAUUUAUUGAUAUUAUGUUAUAACCCCAGCACUGGAGAGAGAGUUGUUGUGACCUGUAGUAAUCCAUGAUGAUCCACAUUUAAUCUGAUAAUUUAAAGUAAAUUAAUCAGUUUCAGUGUGAUCAUUUCCAGAUUACGUAUCUAUACCAACAAAUCCAACACUCACCCAUGCACAUUUAGAGCAAUGUAGCUUACUCAGAUGUACCUUUUUAUGCACAAUCAUAUUCAGAAUUUAUUUUAAAUGCCACAUUCCAGCACUUUGGGGAUAAGACAUGAAGACUCAAGUGCAUACAGGAAUUUGCUAUCUGUUUCUACACGGGUUAAAACCCCAUACACUGAAAAGAAAUGGUACCUAUUCAUUGGUACGGGAGUUCUGAAGAAUGCAUACACAAGCUCUGGAAUGUGAUUUAUAUUUUGGUUUCUACAUCAAAUAAAGACAUUAUAUUUAAGAAUUUCUAAAAAAGCAUCCUUUAAAAUUCACACAAUUUAAAGCUAAAUUCUGUCAAAUUAAAAGGGAGUUAACUACACUUUUAAAAUGCUCACAUUAAAAUCAGUGGGCUUUAAAUGGCUGGCUCAUGAUAGCAAAUGAACAGUGUAUGGGUUCUGCUCAUGCUGUUGUUGUUGUUUAGUCGUUUAGUCGUGUCCGACUCUUCGUGACCCCCAUGGACCAUAGCACGCCAGGCACUCCUGUCUUGCACUGCCUCCCGCAGUUUGGUCAAACUCAUGUUCGUAGCUUCGAGAACACUGUCCAACCAUCUUGUCCUCUGUCGUCCCCUUCUCCUAGUGCCCUCAAUCUUUCCCAACAUCAGGGUCUUUUCCAAGGAUUCUUCUCUUCUCAUGAGGUGGCCAAAGUCUGCUCAUGCUACAAAAGCCUAAUUAGCUUUCUACUUCUGGAGGUAUCUUGGUUGAGUGGUUUUCUGUGAUUUUUGAAAAAAAGGAUCUCUGCCUGUAUCUCCCUUGCAAUCUCCUUGUACUACCUCAGGUUUUCACCUCUUGUAUUUAUAUUCAGCCCUAGAAUUAGAAUUCAGUAUCCCAAUAACAGAGACACCAUCACUUUUUCUCUCUUUGCUUUUCCCCAUGCGUUUCAACCUUUUCAGCCUUUUGAAAUGGCUCCCGACCUUCGACUUCUUUUUCUUUAUACUAGCAUGCCCAUGUUAGUGUGGUUGUGGUUCAGACUGAAAGCAGUCCUCUGACUAUAAAACACUUCCUCAGAUAAGGAGGAAUCAUAGAAGGAAAUCUGAUAUGAUCACUACUGUAGUAUGGUAACUGAGCAGUGCAAGUGGCACCAUCUUCUGGCUUAAUCUUGGAACUGCACACUGUAAAACCUGGAUCUAUUGGAAUUUAGGCUACAAAGUACAGUAUCAGGCCAGUACUUCCUAAGGCAGGGGUGUUCGCUUACCAACACAAGAGUCUCUGUGAGUUUUAUGUUUAAGGCACAGUGAAAACUUGAUUUGCCUGUUGGGAACAGCCGUGUGUUGAAAAGAAGUCUAGAAUUUCAAAAUACUUAAUUUCAAAAUGAAAUAUUUUAAAUUUUUCCUCAAUGGUUUACAUAUGAUAGAUUAAACCAGGGAACUUUGUGAGGCAGAUGAUACUUAGAAUAAAUUUAGAAUGCACUAUAACAGAUUUUCUACUCCUUAAUAUUUCAGUAUACUAGUAAACUGGGAUUAUAUUAAAACAAUAUUUAGGCCAAUAAUAUAUUGCAGAGGAUACUUGUGUAAUGAUGAGCAAAGAGAAAUGCAAGCAUAAUUUACUUUGUAUGUGCAAUAAAUGAACCUAUUACUGUAUUUUUACGUAUUUUAUGUAUAAAAUGUAUAGAGAAUGUUCAACAGGAAUAUGUAUUUAAUUAAACAGAGGCAAAAUAUGAAAAUGUCUGUUAAAUAUAUACCAUUGGGAUACAAAAACACUUGUUUAUUUUUGAUUGUCAAAAUAAAACAUAAA